UACAAUUGCAAUUGCACCGUCACCAUUAUUAAUACCCAACAAACACAUAUCAAUGAAAACCGAAGGAGAUCCUUCCGCUAUUCCGUUUCCUUCGUGAAACAAAACUCACUCAUUCAUGGUGGCAUGUCUCUGCACGUGCCACCUCGUUUACACCGCGAUGAAUCUUUCCGCCUCCGCCGCCGUAGCAUCCUCACUUUCUCUUCUCUCUUCUUUCUCCUUCCUCAAUCCCAAUCCCAAUUCCAAUCCCAAAACUUUCGCUUUCGGCUUCCGGUUCAAGACGAAGGGUAGGAGUACCCGCGGACUGAGGCGUCCCAAGUUUCUCGUCACCGCCCAACUUUCCAACUCCUUUUCCUUCAGUUUCUGGUUGGAUUCUCAGAGUUUGAAUGCUAUCCAAUCCCAUGAUCCGUCACAAUUGCCUUGGGUGGGUCCGGUUCCAGGUGAUAUUGCUGAAGUGGAAGCAUACUGUAGGAUCUUUAGGAAUUAUGAAAGGCUUCAUUCUUCAUUAAUGAACGUGUUGUGCAAUCCACUAACCGGUGAAUGUAGUGUUUCCGAUGAAGUGCCAUCGGAUGAGAGGCUGCCUCUAGAAGAUAAGAUUGUUUCGGUCCUUGGGUGCAUGGUAGCACUUGUGAACACCGCGAGGGAGGAUGUUCUUUCUGGAAGAAGGUCUUCGGUUAUGACCCCCUUUCGUGUGGCGGGGGUUGGCGUGAUGGAGGACGUGGUGCCCCCACUUGCUGCUUUUAGGAGUGAGAUGAAGAGGUGUUGUGAGAGCUUGCAUGUUGUUCUUGAGAACUAUUUAGUUCCAGGUGACAAUCCAAGGUUGGAUGCGUGGAGGAAACUUCAGAGAUUGAAGAAUGUAUGCUAUGAUGCUGGUUUUCCGCGCAGGGAGGAAGAUCCAUGUCCAGAACUGUUUUCGAAUUGGAGUCCUGUAUAUUUAUCUGCUCCCAAAGAAGACACAAAAUUGAAAGACUCUGAAGCAGGAUUUUGGACAGGCGGGCAGGUAACUGAAGAAGGCCUAAAGUGGUUGCUUGAUAAUGGAUAUAAAACUAUCAUAGAUCUUAGACAGGAGGUAGUAAAAGAUAAUUUAUAUCAUGAAGCUGUUAAUGAUGCUAUUUCGUCUGGAAAAAUUGAAUUGGUCAAAAUCCCUGUUGACGUUCAGAGAGCACCUACAAUGGAACAGGUUGAGAGGUUUUCAUCUUACGUUUCAAAUUACAGCAAACGUCCAAUCUAUCUUCAUAGUCAGGAAGGAGUUUGGAGAACGUCUGCCAUGGUCUCUAGAUGGAGGCAGUAUAUGACUCGAUUUGCAUCAUCAUUUGUUUCUAAUGAAGCAGUUACUUCCAGUGAAAGGCCAUCAGAUUAUAAAAAUGGAUCUGCGAAACCGCAUGACUCUUCAAUAGAAUCUGAGAGAUCCAGAUCCUCUGCAGAAACAGAUGACAAUUUGUUGCAAGAGAGUUCGGGUGCAGUUACUCCUAAUUCUUCACAAGUGAUUACUGGCAGUGAGGACAACUCUUCUAUGAAUUUCUCCAGCAAAACUAUCCCUUUAGAAGCUCAAAUCCCUCCUCGUGACAUCUUCUCCAAAAGAGAGAUGUCCAGAUUUUGGAGAAAUAGAAAGAUCCCAGGACCCUCUUAUUUCAAUUAUAAGGUUGAAAGUUUAGAAUGUUUGACAGAUUCCAGGAACAUGCAUGCUGGAAGACCACAGGGGAAAGUGACCAUCAGCAAUGGAGAUAAUCCCGUCGCUGAAAUUGUGGGCCGGGAAAGUUUGAAUGGGUCACCUCGUGUGGACUAUCCAUCUGGAGAGCCUCCAAUCACAGUUGGUGGCGACUGGAAGUCAGUGAAUGGGAGUACAUCGAGCUUUGUGAAGACAACAGUUAAUGAGUUAAGUGAAGGAGAUGUGCGCUACAUGAAUAAUGGCAAUGUCACAAUGACUAAGUCUCAAAGUGAUGAUGGUAAGGCUGGGUUAGCCUUACAUGAUGAAGACUUGGGACUCAUGGAGGGAGACAUGUGUGCAUCCUCAACUGGAGUUGUAAGGGUGCAAUCAAGAAAGAAAGCAGAGAUGUACCUAGUACGGACUGAUGGCGUUUCUUGUGAGAGAGAAAAGGUGACUGAAUCUUCUUUGGCCUUCACUCACCCUAGCACCCAGCAACAGAUGCUUAUGUGGAAAUCUACACCGAAGACUGUGUUAUUGCUGAAAAAGCCCGGGGAGCAACUCAUGGAAGAAGCUAAAGAGGUUGCUUCCUUUCUGUAUUACCAAGAGAAAAUGAACGUUUUUGUGGAACCUGAUGUGCAUGAUAUAUUUGCUAGACUUCCUGGAUUUGAAUUUAUUCAAACCUUCUAUAUCCAAGAUACUAGUGAUCUACAUGAGAAAGUAGAUUUUGUGGCUUGCUUGGGUGGAGAUGGUGUUAUUCUGCAUGCUUCAAAUCUAUUUGGAGGUGCUAUUCCUCCUGUUGUGUCAUUUAACCUUGGUUCCCUUGGUUUUCUGGCUUCUCAUUGUUUUGAAGACUACAGGCAGGACUUACGACAAGUCAUCCAUGGAAAUAAUACUGGAGAUGGUGUAUACAUAACUCUUAGAAUGCGUCUCAGAUGUGAAAUUUUUCGUAAGGGUAAAGCAAUGCCAGGGAAAGUGUUUGAUAUUCUUAACGAGGUUGUUAUUGAUCGGGGUUCUAAUCCAUAUCUUUCAAAGAUUGAAUGUUAUGAACAUGACAGACUUAUAACCAAGGUACAAGGUGAUGGAGUCAUUGUGGCCACCCCAACGGGAAGCACUGCUUAUUCUACAGCUGCUGGAGGUUCCAUGGUGCAUCCAAAUGUUCCUUGCAUGCUAUUUACCCCGAUUUGUCCGCAUUCACUCUCAUUUAGACCAGUUAUACUCCCAGAUUCUGCUCGACUAGAAUUAAAGAUUCCGCAAGACGCAAGAAGCAAUGCUUGGGUAUCAUUUGAUGGGAAGAGGAGGCAGCAACUUUCUCGGGGAGAUUCUGUACGAAUAUCCAUGAGUCAGCACCCACUUCCAACUGUUAACAAGUUCGAUCAAACCGGUGAUUGGUUUCACAGCUUGAUUCGCUGCCUGAAUUGGAACGAAAGACUUGAUCAAAAGGCCCUAUGAAGCAUCUGAAACUGAAGAAUGGAUGUGUUACUCUCACUUGAAGGCUUGGUUUGUGUGUGAUUUCAGUACAGAUUAUACAUUCAAGACUAUAGAACUUGUUGUCAAUACCAGUUUCUUACCUUGGCUUCCAAAUGAGGAGAUAGGGUUUUUUCCAAAUGUGAUUUUGGUAAAAAGCUAUUGUAUACUGACAGGAUUUGAAGCUGUAAAUUAUUGAUCUUAGAAGUAGCUCUCAUUGAUGCUUCUGAAAGUUUACCACUCUGUCAAAGUUCUUGUGUUGAAGAGGAAGUUCUCAUUAGUUUUAGUUAAUGAGAUAAUUGUGCUAAUGGCUGCACAGAGCCUCUUUUAUAAAAAAAAGAUAUAUUUGAUGUCA